ACCAUGUAAAAUUGUAAUGACAGAUUAACCUUAAUCUUAUGGUAAUUGUCUGCAUCCGCAGUAGCAAAUUAGCCGUACUCCAUACCCAAAGGGGAGGAUCAAUUCAAUUUCCUCAAGGGCCUUGAGGAUCUAGAGGUCAAAUAUUCUCUACUUUGGCUAAGCAAAUAAGCGACGGCCCAGAAUUUUGUGUCGAAAGCAGAGACUUCACCUUAGGAGAUCAAAUAUAAGCACCGCCAAACACGUCGGUCAAGUAGGGGGCUUUGACCCAACACCGUCCAGGCCCACAAAAGACAAGCUCAAACAAGUAAGGACUUUGACAGAAUCCGCCUCUUUGAAACCAACUGUCAAACUUGCGGUAGGCAUUUGCUGCGCAACGUAUCAAAAUAGUGGUAGAUGCAAGUAUUUCUAUUUCUAGCCUUCAAUGUCCAAUUACUGUUAUUGGUAUUGAGCAAGAGAAAUUGGAAAAGAACAUAAAGGGCAAGAGCAAUCUGAAAAAGGAGACGCUGCUUCUCAAGCACAAAUUGUUAAGAAGAAGAGAAAGAGAUGAAGCUGUGGAAUAGGGCUUCUGGAAAUCUGAAAGACAGGAACAGCAUAUGGAUGGCAAGUAUAUCAAGGAGGAGCCCCAAUCGGAACCCUGAUCUGGAGGCGGCCAUCAUUAGAGCCACCAGCCACGAUGAGACAUACGUGGAUUACAGGAACGCCCAGAGAGUGUUUGCAUGGGUGAAAACCUCGCCCGCCUACUUGAAGCCUCUUAUAUGGGCACUCUCAAAGCGGAUGGAGAAGACCCGCAGCUGGGUGGUGGCCCUCAAAGGUCUCAUGCUCAUGCAUGGAGUUUUCUGCUGCAAAAUUCCCAUCAUGGAAAAGAUCGGCCGCUUGCCUUUUGAUCUUUCAAACUUCAGCGAUGGCCACUCCCACUUAUGCAAAACAUGGGGUUUCAACAGCUUCAUUCGUUCUUACUUUGCGUUCCUAGACCAAAGAGCCUUCUGGUUAGACAUGGAUACAAAGGAAGACGAAGAACAAACCCAAAAAACCAACGAGUCCAUGCUGCAGGAACUCAUAAAGCUCCAACAAUGGCAGACUUUGCUCGACAUGCUACUACAGAUCAAACCAGAGGCUGCCCAAAUGAAUGUGGGUCUGAUUCUCGAAGCAAUGGACUGUAUCAUCAUUGAGAUUUUCGACAUUUACAGCAGAAUCUGCAAUGGGGUAGCAAGAAUCCUCGUAAAGAUACAUGCAGCUGGGAAGGUAGAAGCAAACAUGGCACUUAAGGUUCUCAGAAAAGCAACCGCCCAAGGCGACCGGCUUUCCCUAUAUUUUGAACUUUGCAAGAAUCUCGGUGUUCGUAAUGCAUCAAAAUUUUCAAAAGUGGAGAAGAUCCCACAAGAAGACAUACGGGAACUGGAGCAAAUCAUUAAUGGAGUGUUGGAAGAUAAAGCCAUAGUGGUGAGACAAAAGGGAAGCAUUGAAGAGGGUAAGGGUACCGAGGGGUCUCCGAAGACGGUCAUCAGUAAAAAGUGGGAGCGGUUUGAUGAACAACUAAGAGGCAAUAAAGAAGGAAUUGGGGCUCCCGAUGGAGGGAAAAUGAUUGUUGCACAAAACCCUUCCACAGCCACAUGUAAUUCUAGGCCUCAUGCCCAUCAACCUCUUCCUGAUUUGAUUACUGGGCUUUUUCCACCUGCUCAAAUUUUAGAGAAUGUACAAUGAUCUUCACCCUUUCCCUUUUUUGCCCUUUUAGAUUUUGUAUCUUGAGAUUGCCAUGCAUUUUGACGGCAAGGAAGAGCAGCAAAUUGAUUAUAAGUUCCA